CUCCCACGUUGUUAACAACACUGGCUCUCAUUGGACGAAAACAAAUUUUCGCAAAAUCGUAAACAAAACUUUUGACUGGAGAUGGAGCAGGACUAAGGGCUUUCCAGUCGAUCCGUUUACAUCAUGGCGACCUGUGUGCUCUGUUUGACGAGCUCUGAAUCUGCUUACGGACUGGAGUCGGCGGAGGGCGUCCGGCUGAAAAUAAGGGCGACCAUCAGCAAACAUUUUUCAUUUUCAGAGGUCCAUUCAGCGGGUAGUGAUGCGUCGGUCUGUCGGGAGUGCUGGGACUGUGUCAGCAGUUUCGAGGAGUUCCACCAGCGUGUAUCCCGCCUGCACCAGGAGAGGAGCAGCGACUCCAAGAGCGUGCCCAUCGAAUUCUGCGGCCAGGCAGAGGAGGCUAUUAAUCCGCUGUACUCCGUGGAACUGGACGCCCUGGCCGAGGGCUUCUUUGCGCCCAAUGAGGUCAAGGUGGAGGUGAACGAACUGGAACCUCUGCCGAAAGUGGAACUUCUGGAGGAUCCAGUUAACACGGAAACAAGAACAGCCUCCAAGCGGCUGGGUGACCAAAACGACGGAUUACACCACCCAAAGCGACGCAUUAAAAACGAACAAGCAGUCGACAGUGAUUCGGAUGUACCUCUAGCGGAUUUUCUGUCCUCAGACAUUAAGAGCAGCUCCAAUGGACCAGAUAAGGAUAACGAACCGACCAAGGGCCGUCCGCUACGAAGAAGCACAAGACGUGGACGUCCGCCCAAGCCAAAACCGGAGUUGCAUGCUUCUCCCAAAAAAGAACCUGAUUCCGAUGAGGACGAUGACGAUGUUGCUUCGAGGGAAAAUGACAUGGAGUUCGUACCUCCCGAGGCUGUUCUGGGCACAGAAGAUAGCGCUAGCUCCUCCAGUGAAAGCAGUGGCGAGGACUCGGACCACAGUCUGCCGGACAUUGAGCCCGAAGAACGCUACGCCGAAAUUCCGAAGCGGGUGGUGGUAAAACCCAAGAAGUACCGAAAACGGGAGAAGCCGCUGGUCCCACCAGUUCGCCUAAGCCGCGAAGAGAUCGAGCGACGGAAGCUGCAGCAGAGCGAAUACGAUGACAUUAUCCUGCAGUUCUUCAAGAAAUUUCCCUGCCACAUCUGUAAUCUGCUGGUGCAAAACUUUGCGGACAUGCGACGCCACCAGCGCGUUUCCCACAGCAUCGAGUCGGGCUACAUAGAGUGCUGUGGAAAGAAGUUCCACAUACGCAAGGCCUUGGCGGAGCAUGUGCUGGUCCACAAGAACCCAGAUCACUUCAUGUGCUCGCAGUGUGGGCGGGUGUUCCAGGAUUCACGCAGCCUGGAGAUCCACGAGCAGACGCACACGAACCCGGAGGUUAAAACAGAGCCGAAGGAGAAGCGAGUCUACCAGUGCGAGAAGUGUCCCAAGAGCUUCACCACCAAGGCGGCCAUCGAGUACCACGAUGUGUCUAAGCACGUGCCCAAGUCCGAGUUUAAGUUCUCCUGCCCAGAGUGCAACAAAAAGAUUCCCACGGAGCGCAAACUAAAGGAGCACCUGCGAUACAUGCACGACCCGGAAACGGCCAUCAUCUGCGAUAAGUGCGGUAAGACACUGCGCUCCCAAACGAAUCUCAAAAAGCACCACGAGCUGGAACAUUCCGAGGAGCCGCGUCCCAAGCCCGAUCCCGUCCAGUGCGAGAUCUGCGGCACCUGGCUGCGCCACCUGUCCGGCCUAAAGCAGCACAUGAACACGGUGCACGAGCCGCCGGGCGGCGAGCAUCGGUGCCACAUCUGCAACAAGACGUCCACCAACUCCAGAGCCCUCAAGCGCCACAUCUACCACAACCAUCUCUGCGAGCGCAAGUUCAAGUGCGGCAUGUGCGAGAAAGCCUUCAAAAGGCCCCAGGACCUUAGGGAACACACGUCCACGCACACUGGGGAGGUGCUGUACACCUGCCCCAACUGCCCCAUGACGUUCUUUUCCAACGCCAACAUGUACAAGCACCGCCAGCGGCUGCAUCGCGCCGAAUGGGAGGCGGAUCGCAAGAAGCCGCUGCCGCCGAACAUUAUGAAGAUAUCGCAGGGCGCCACCACGGCGAUGAAGAAGCGUCAGGCCAGCGGCGCCCUGUUUCCGCAGUCGGAACAGAAGCAAUAGCAUUUGUCCAUUUACGACAUCUAUAGAUAGUAGAUAAAUCGUCAAACCAUUAUUAUUAACACACACUUAGCACACAGAUAAGUUAGGCCAUAAAUAAGUAGACAUGGACAUAUUUACAUCGA